GAUGAGGGGGAUAGUGCGCAGGAAGCUGAAAGGGAAAAUCAAGAGAGUCAAAACUGUCCAGGAUGCUUGGAGGUUAUUUAAAAACACAGUAAUCGUUAUCACAAUUAAAAAGAUAGCUUCUUUUCACUAUCUAUGAUUUGAUUAAUUUCAUUUAUUUGUCAGCGCAGGGGGGGGAAAUCUGUCAGUUCUUUGAGAUUAGGAACAUUUUUGCUUAAUGCUGAGCUUCUGUCAAGAGAUUAGUUAGUUUAUUUGGUCGUAGAGAACUGUGUGAGUUUUGAAUUAAAUAAAAUGGCAGCUUCAUUUCCCACACUGUAUCAAUCAACUGUAUCAAAUGGUUUCCCACACUGUAUCAAUCAACACUCAUUUACAAUGCAGGCCUUAGAGAGAAAACUAAUUUAUUUAUGCUAAUUCUUUAUUAAUGUGCCAGCUUCCAAGCCUAACAUGAUAAGUGAUGUGCCCUUUUUUUUACAGGUAAUGAAAAAGGUUAACAAAACUGUCCCCAGAUGGUGAUUGUGAGUUUACUGAAUCUGCAAAGAAUCGAGAGGCCUGAUUCUGAACUAGAAACUCCAGAAACAGUCCUCUUUUAUUUGAAGACAACAGUAGACUUUUCACUCUUUCAGUUGCAAAAUCUUCUGCCAUUACGAAAGUUUUAGCAGCUGUUAGAUGUGGUCUAGUUUUGUAAAAAUAGUAAUCUACUUGAAACUAAUAAAGAAGCAGCAUGAGGUAGGAAAAAAAAUAAGACAAAUAUACUUUCCUCUGAAUGACCGCCAUUCACAUGACAGUUUCUUAUAGUUAUGUGUUGGUUGUUGGGGGUUUCUUUGCACUUAAAUAAAACCAGUAUCUUUGCACUUAAAUAAAACGCCCCUGAUUCAAGGAAGAUUCAACAGUUAAGGGGUUAAAAACAGGAUGUAUCUGAGCAAAGAUGAUACACAUUUAUCAGAAAAGUAGACCUGUCAUGUGUGACGUGUUGGUCUUUUCGUAUUGUCAUGAUAGCCCACGGAUUCUGCAUCUGAGGAGAGAGUGGACAUUGGCUUCUUCUGCUUCGUGGUGCUCUGGAAGACAGCAUGACCCUGAAAUGUGGCUCAGCAACCCCCUUAGUUGACGGAGUCUCUGCUGAGCAACCUUCAUGUUGUAGGACCUCUGAGCAUCUCUGUUGGGAGAUGGUCACUUCUGAUGCCCGAGUUCUCCAGAAAAUAAACGUUGGUUACAGUGUGUGGAUUUUGUCUCAUUACCAAGCUUCUUAUUGUCAGGAUUCUUCUCUGCCACACCACUACUUUUGCCAGGGGCACCGCCUCAGCCCACCUAUGCAGAGAGGCAUCUUUCGCAUGGUCCUGGGUGAUCCAGCAUGGUGCACCUCUGCCUGCAAUACACUGUGCUGGCAGACACCCUGAGUUGACCUUAAACCUACCCUGCCUCACAGAUCUUCAAUGUGUGGGGUCACCAACAAGAAUAGGAUUUGAUGGGCCUGAGAGAAGGAAGAGGAAGAGGCUCCCUGGGACAUGUGUUCCAGUUCCACUCCAGUGUCCAGUGUUUUUCAUCUCCCCACAUUCACCCUGUUAAGCAGGGCAUAGUGAAGAUUCAAACAGAUCCUGGUGAAUGUUGGCAUCAUGAGCCGAUUUUUCUCCAGAAGUUGUGACCCCCCCGUUUCCAUUAUAGACAUUAAGAAGGGUUUACCCUUUUCAAAAAAUGCAUGACCGGUGGCUCCACAAUGGGCAAUACUUUUGUCACAAAGAAUGUCUUCCCUGUUUGGGCGAGGCCACACCCUUGGCACAGUGGGCGAAGGCUCUCCCCAUCUGAAGUUGCCACUCCUGUGGGGCUCCUAAGGUUUUUUUUAAGUGCAGCCAAAAGUUUGACUUUUCUGAAACAAAGCAAGCAGCAACAUUUACGUGUCCUAAGAACAUUCUCCUACACUAAUAUCCUGGACACAGAAUACUGGCGGGCUGUUAGCCAAAGAGUGUGUGGGACUUGUGUGCGUCUCGCAAAGUGAAAGAGGUACUGCGUGCACGUGAGAAGGUUUUUGCAGUCAGGAGUGGCUGGAUAAACAAUUUCUCGUGGCAUUAAACAAUUAAGUUUUUCAAGUUCUUUGUUCUAGCUCAUUAUCCCUUGAUUGCAGACAAGCUCUGAAGAGAGGUUUGUACAUACCUUCAAGUCACAGCCGACUCAUGGCGACCCCACCGGGUUUCCAAGGCAAGAGCUGCUCAGAGCUGGCUUGCCAUUACCUCAAGGCCACACAUGGGCUAGAGAGUUCACAGAGAGAACACGGCGUCACUCAGCAGUCUUCGUGCAGAGGAGUGGGAAAUUGAACCCUGCUCACUCUUAAGCUUUCCUAUGAAACACAAAAUCUUUUGCAUUGUUUUCUUAAAAUGUAUUUUUUUACUUUAUGUUGCCUGGCAGGAAUAGAAAGCACACAGAAGGAGGCGGAGGAUGUAUUUCUAUUAUUCAAUCUGGUUUUGGCUUCCUCUGUCCCUCGCCCACUCUGGGACUCACCUUUGCCAAAGAAUCUGCUUUUGCAAAGAGCGGGCUCUGUUUGUGAACUGUUCUGGCGUCCGUGUCAGCCCUGACCUCACUUUCCCCCCUGAGACAGAACACUUGGAUCUGUCAGGCAGCAACUUGACCUCCGUUCCAAGCAGAGCCCUUGGAUCCCUCUGGAAGUUGCAGGUUCUCCUCCUGAGUGACAACUACAUCAGCGGGGUUGGAGAGAGGGCCUUCGCUGCCCUAGAAAGACUCCAGAAACUGGAUAUUUGUGGAAAUGAGAUUUCAUUUCUUGGAAACAGUUUUUCGCUGGGAUUGAUUUCUCUCCAGGAGCUGACUUUGGCCUCCAACCAGCUGCAGAAGCUGCACUACAAGAGCCUCAGAAACUUUGAAAACCUUCAGAAGCUUAAUUUGCGAAACAACAACAUCUCCUCCGUGGAAACAGGCGCUUUCCGCAGCCUCACCCGCUUGCGCCAGCUGUAUCUUCAGAACAACCGCCUCCACACCCUCCACAACGGAGUGUUUUCUAUGUUGCAACACUUAGAGGUUUUGAACUUGGAGGGCAACAUGAUCAAACACAUCGCUCCUGGGGUCUUUACUUCAUUAAGUAACCUCGCAAUACUGAACUUGGUCCAAAAUAAAAUCGAACAUAUCCGAUUCAAAACAUUCCUUUCUCUCCAGACACCCGGAACUCACAUCUUGCUCUCGGACAAUCCAUGGUUUUGUGACUGUGACCUUCAAAGGGUUUUUGCAAAACUGCACAGUGUCCGGAGGCUGAUCUUGGACGACUAUCAUAAUGUGACCUGCUUGGAGCCCCCAGUUCUGAGAAAUCUCCCCCUGUCCUCUGUGGAUACCCAGCUGUGCAUUGCAGAGACAGUCACCGUCCUAGUGAUAACAUUCACAGUCUUUGUGACGGUGGUGGCUGCCAUUGUGAUGGCCGAAAGGAACAGAAAGAAAAGGACAGGCAAACACUGGAGUGAGGACAGCGAGGUCUCUUAUGAAUCGCAUCACUGAAUGAACUAUUGGAAAUCUGGCGUAUUUCGCAAAAUUUAAAUAACUUCUUCAGGUUAAAUGUGUACUUCUUGUAUCCCUUCAGUUAUUAUUUUGUGAUUUUCUCAUCAUUCCAAAUCAAAUAUUUAAAUAUGUAUCCGUCAUCUAUGCUUUUUUAGAAUGUCUGAUAUCAAAUUUAUGGAUGCUUUCCAAGGAGUGAGAUAAUAUUGAAGUCCUGUUUUAGAGACAUUCUCUAUUGUUAGAACUCACUGAAAACCGUUCACCUUUUAUGACCAAAAAUGUCUGCAGCUCCUUAGAAUCUCUGAUCCUAAAUUCUGUUCUCAUUUUGCAAUGCAAAAUUUGCCUUGACUUGUAAGAAAAUAUGUGUUUUUCCAAUUAUUAACAAAAGAAGACUUGAUGUAAGUAUAUUUAUUUUAAAGUAUUAUUUUAAAAUUCCCUUACUUGAAAA